AUGUGGUACAGCGGCGCCAGCAGCAGCAGCAGCAGCAGCAGCAGCAGCAGUGGCGGCGACAGGCCCUCCCAGCCGCCGCCCCCCGGCCUCUCCGGCGUCGCGCCUGGCGCCGGCAGCGUCGGCGUCGCAGUCAGCAGCGACGGCGUCACCUGGACCCGCGGCGGCGGCGCGGUCGCGGGCGCGCGCGGCGCGGGGCGCGCGGCGGACGUCGGGAUGUGCCUGACGCCGACGGGCGCCGAGUACUGGUGGACCCUCGAUACCUGCCACCUGGCGGUUUCGGACGUCCAGGUGUUCUCCAACAGCAGCGUGAGCUCCGGCGUGGGCGUCUAUUGGAUGUUCUACACAGGCGGCGACUUCUCGCCGCUGCCGGCCCCGCAGGGCCUGCCGGGGGCUGAGGCGGGCGCGGAAGUCGAAGGGUUGCGCAUGCGGCCGGGGCUGGCCAUGAGCCAGGACGGCCGCAAUUGGGCGCGCAUCGAAGGGGAGCACCACACCGGGGCGCUGUUUGACGCCGGCGAGGCGGGGGAGUGGGACGCGCUGUUUGCCGGCCACCCCUGCGUGGUGGCCGCGGGGCCCCGGGACAUGCGGAUGUUCUAUCACUCAUGGGACGCAUCGAAGGGCAGGUUUGUCAUAGGCCUGGCCACAUCACCUGAUGGCUUCAAGUGGACGAAGCAGGGCCCGGUGUUUGACGGCAGCCGGGAGCAAGGCGUGCACGACGAGCUGGGGGCGGCGGCCUGCACCGUGGUCGUGGAUCCGGACAACCGCCGCUUCCUCAUGUUCUACGAGGCCGUCGCCGCCGACGGCACCCGCAGCAUCGGCGCAGCCACCAGCCGCGACGGCCGCACCGGCUGGGCCCGCGCGCCCGCGCCGCUGCUCGCGCCGUCGGCCGAGCCCGGCGCGUGGGACGGCGGCGGCGUGGGCGCGCCGUGCGCGGUGCCGAUGGCGGGCGGGCGGUGGAGGCUGUAUUACGCGGGCCGAGCCGCCGUGGACGGCGGCGACGGCGGCGGCACGGGGCCAUGGGAGGGGAUUGGGCUCGCCCUCAGCGCGCAGGGGGCGGCGGACCCGACGGCUCAGCCGUUCAAGCGGCGCACCGGCGCAGCGGGGCCCGCCGCCCAGGUUUGA